ACAGGAUAAUUUGUUUCUGUUAUCAUCAAUGACACAACUACUUUUGCAUUCAGGGAUAUGUUAGGAAGUAGAUUAAUGCUUAAGCUUCCUUCUUCAAUUCCUUCUGAGGUCAAAAAAGGAAUACUGUCAGCUAACCUGAACACUUUGGUUUGAAAAUUUUAGAAUAUGGACUUGGAAUCAAUUGCAAUCACUGAAACUUGAGAGCAGUCUGGUGUAAAGGUAUACUGUAACUAUCUUGAAAUUAUAUGGUAUUAUGGACUAUGUGGUAAUCUUAUAUGUAAACGCUGGACUCCUGAAAAGUCGAAGACCUCAUUUCCUGUUCUUCAACUGCCUUGGGAACGGUUUUCUCCUUUGUGCAAUUUUGCCAUUAAUACAGUUGCCCCUACUUUAUCCCAAGCAGAGAUCAUGCAAAUUUCUGGUGUUUCUCCACACCUCACACCAAAUCCACUAUGUUGUUUUAUAUAAUUCUGUUAAAUUUCAUCUAUGAAAUGCAUUCAGUAAUUUUUUUUGAUUGUUAGAUUUGAUUGGAAUGGUUCAAUAUGCCUCAAUAAGGUGAUUUUGCACUUUGAUUUGUUUCAUUAUAGAAUGUCUAAUGCCAUCUGCCCACUUAAAAUGAAUCCAGACUUGCAGGAGGCUUUCAAUGACAUUCAGAGCUCCAUCUACAGAACAGCCCUAAAACUACGCUCACUACAAAGUCUGUGCCAGUUGGAUUUGAUCAAUGUUUCUCUGAUUCAGCACAUUGUAUCAAGAGAGCAGAGACAGAGGGAAAAGGAGAUUUCUCUUGAAUUGCAGCAGCUCUCUGGAAUGCUGAAGGAGUUGUUUGAAAUAGCAAGGUUAGAAAAGCCAGGCCAGGUAGAUCCAAGAGCUGCCGAAUUCACACUGAGCCUGCUAGAAGCCAUGUAUGACAGAUCUGGAACAGGUUAUAUCAAAACUAGAUCUGCUGCAGCUGCCCUAAUUGCCCUUUCAGGAGACACUCUACUUGCUAAAUACAGAGCUUUCUUUGAAUUUUAUGCUGUUCCUGAUGGGAAGAAGGCCUUGAUAACCCGUAGUGCUCUGAGAAGCCUACUAACAGACUUGAAUCAGAUCCCAUCCGUUGUAGGAGAAGGCUGCACUUUGUCUUGUGUGGAAAUUGCUACUCACAGCUGUUUCCAUGGGGUUCUGAAUUCAGGAAUUGUUGAAGAAGAAUUCCUGUCUUGGCUGAGAUCAGGACCUGCUCUUCUGCAAUGGCUCCCUACAUGUUACAGAUUAUCAGCCACGGAAAUGGUUUCUCACCGUGUCAGAUGUAGAGUCUGCAAGACUUUCCCCAUUACAGGCCUCAGAUACCGUUGCCUGAAGUGCCUGAAUUUUGACCUUUGCCAGGUCUGCUUUUUCACUGGCCGUCUCAGCAAACCACAUAAGAGUUCACAUCCUGUCGUGGAACACUGUGUGCAGAUGUCAGCAAAGGCUAAUGCAAAGCACUUUCUCUGCACUGUCAGAAACAACCUGUUUCAGGACUGCUGCAGAAGAAAGGAGGCUCAGGGAAGGAAGGUUCUGGAGAUAAUGGAGGAGAGGCCUUUUCCUACUCACAAAAAGAUUCUUCCCCGAACAGAACUCAGUGCUUCACCAUUUCCUAGACAUGAAAACCUGUCUCUCCCAGUGAACAACCAUAUUCUGGAAUCACCCAAGUUUAUAUCCAAAAACAGAACUGUGCUACACAAGAAUGACAAUAACAGCAAGAUACUGAAGCAAGGCAAGACAAAAAUUCAGGCAAUUGCAUCUUUUGAAGCAGAUGUGUUAAAAAUGCAUGAUUCCAUCAGGAGUAUUCACAAUAAGAGCAGGUACAUGAAGAAGCAGUUGAAUAAAUGGAAGCACAAAAUGCAAUUUCUUCAUAACUGCCAGGAGGACAAAAGCUUCAAAAUAGAGGCAGAGCUCCAAAGCCUGAGAGCAAGCCAUGAAAACCUGCAAAUGGAGUUGUGUAAAAUGAAGCAAGAAGUAAAGACAAUGUUACAGUCAACAGCACAUCCUUCAUUUUCACUGUGUCAGAAUAUGAUGCCAAGAGAUCAGCAUGUUCUUCAGGAAAGCAGAAUGCAGGGUGGAUUAAAUCCUGUUGAAAUAAAGCCCAUUUUCAGAACAAGUUCAGAUUGGAAAGCUUUGGAUCAUCUCAACUCUGCAAAUAGAAUACAGGUUUUAGAGUCACCUGAGGCUUCUGCUACAGUGGACUUCAUUUUCUCAGAAGACCUGGUGAAGACCUUGCAGAGUGACAGAGUUUUUAUGGGACAGUUUAAAAAAAUAAAAGAUAAUCAAACAUAUCUGCCUGAAUUGAUGGAAAACUACGACAGUGACAUCAUAAGGGAUACAGCUCUUAUUCCUGCUGCAGUACAGAUAUCAUCUGAUAAGGAGUUCUGUGAUGAAGUGGACCUGCAGCAGCUAGUGAUGAAAUUAAUGGAUGCAUUGUCUCUUCAAGCCCAACCAGAUCAACAGUCAGUCUUGAAGCAGCAUUUUUUCUUUACAGCUGAACGUGUUUGCAGAUCCUUCUCUGAUCUCAUCAACCAGGUAACUGCCAGCUUGAAAGUGACAGAAAAUGGCAUUCACCUUACAGCUCCACUGAACUAUUGAAGUUGCCUUCCACAAGUACUGGAAUAGCACCCAUUAGGCUAAUAUUACUUCAGUGUCUCAAUCCAUCCUCUCUGUACUGCAGAUAAGUUUGAGGUGAACAUAUGCUUUUUUUUUCUAGGUCAACUUGCUGAAACUGCAUAUUGUAAGUAGUAUGAAUAUAAUGCCCUCACCCUGCAUCUGUCCUGACCAAACAAUGCUCGUUCUCUAGUUUCAUCUAGCUGAAAUACACACUUCGAGGAAUGUGAUACUAAUUAAAUUACUGUCUUUGUUCACUUAGGAUAUUCUGGUAACAGUGUGCUAUGAGGGGGAAAAAAGCCAAACACCUGUGACACCGGAAAAAUAUCUAAGGUAAGAAUGCGAAACAGUCUCUGAAAUCUUAAGUACCAGGUACAGGGUGAACAGGGCAGCAUGGUACACACAUGUAAAACAUCAAUGUGAUCUUAGUGCUUUACAGAGCUGUACAGUUAGGCGCCACCCAAACUUGCCUUACAACUUCUUCAUGAGUUAUCAACCAUUUUAAUGUUAAAAUGAAGACAGUAUUCUUAAAUCAGCAACUAAAGUUGCUGUCUUCCCAUAGAAAAUUACAACAAAAACAAAAAUUAGGUGACUAUCACAUCCUCGGUAGCUGCAGUCCACAACGUUUCACAGCUAUGUUUUAUAGCAGCACAAGGUUCUCAUACAGUGUUCAGCUAAACAUCAAGUAAGCUUUUGCUAAAUCUCCAUGGCUCUGGUCCAAUCACAUAAUCUAACUAGAUGUAUCUCCAGGGCCUGCUUUCAUACCUGCCUAUUACUUCGGGCCCAUAAUCAUGCCUAGCUGCACACAACUAAAGUAUUUGAAGAACAGGAGCUCUGAGCACUUGACCCAGGACAACAGCGUUAUGCUGAAAUAGCUUUCAAAAGGUAGCAGUGCAAACAUUGCAUAGUUAGAGCCUGAGUCACAAGAAUGAAUUAACUUUUCUGUUAGAAAAUCAGUGGAAUGUUUUAAUGUAUGACAAUAAUUACCUGCAAUACACAACAGAAAAAGUUAAUAAAAUAACCUUUAAAAUUCUUCCCUCUAUCUGAAAAAAACAAGUCUGCUCUUUUUAAACAGUGCAGCAAAAGCAAUUUGGGAGCUAGGAGACCUGUAGAGACCACACAGGAAACAACUUUGUUGUUUCGUGUAAAAAAAUCUAUGAGAAUUUUAACUUCUUUUUGCAGUUAAUAUUUUAAUGCCUGGUUAAGUAAUGAUCGUCAGCAUUUCAGUCUCUAAUCCAACCAGAAAAAAAACCUCUAAUGUAACCAGAAUUAUAGACUACUCAAUCAAAAAAGCACGCUACACUGUAAAAUGAUACAGCUAACACUGUCUGCAUAAUAUGGUUGUCUUUACAAAUGAGAAGUAUUUCAGAAUUUUUUUUUUAAAGGCUCAAUAUAUGCAAGAAAUACCUUUCUGUGUAAUCCUUAGCAUUAUUUCCCACUAGUUAGUAACAUGGUGACACAGUAAAUUACUUGCAAGUCCUUUUCCUAACUAUAUAAAAAUUUAUUCCAAACCACUAAUUUAAUCACUUAAAAUAACCAGUGUUUUCAUAAGCAUUCCUAAAGUAGGAUUCAAAUACUGGUUAAGAGAUUAAAUAAAUAACACUUUUGUAGGAAAAAAAAUCACACUACCUGAUUGAAAUUAAGAAAAUGAGAGGCUAAAAUUAGCAGCUUAAAAUACUGACCUGCUAUUUAUUGUAAUAGUUCAAAAAAAAAGAAGUGAGAAGAUACAUUGUGUGAUUCUAAAACUGAUGUUUGUGUAGGUAAUGGCUGUAUCCAGGUCAAGGAAGGAAGGAAGUGCUGGUAAGGGACUGAAACCUCAUUGUGUCUUACUGCUUUAUCUUGCAUAAGCUUUUGGGGUCUACAUGCAUCUGCAUGGACCAGCUAAAAAUGUAGCAUCUGUAUGGACUGUGCAAGUCUUCCAUCUAACUAUUAAUCCCCUGCUUAAAAAACAGAAAGCUUGAGCUCUAGCCAAGAAACAAUUGCUGGAACUAUACAGAAUGGUACCUAUGAUCAGUUCUUCUCUGUCAGCCACUCACCCAGUGUGAUAUAAUGAGAAGCAGCUUUUCAUGUGCUUUCUCCUAGCAUUGCUUCUUAGUAGCAUUGCUUCAUUACUAGAAAUUGCCUUAAUACUGUUAAAGCCAGCAACAAAAGCAUUUAAUUGUCUUGUACUACUCUCCAAGAAUGAAUAUAUACUAGAAAAAUAAGCAAGCAUAUGUCCCUUAAAUUGACAUUGCAGCCAAUGCAAAAAGCCACAUUAAAAACUACUCUCACUAUAAAAAUGUCCUUCCUAGAUCAAUCCUGUAUAAAAUGUCAUACACUGAAAUCUUGCACAGACUUGCUAUAUUCAAAUUAAUGUCAUGUUUCAUGAAUGCUGUAUUUCUGUAUACUUCCCAGCAGAGUAGAGAUAGAAAUAUGUAGUGCAGUUUAAAAUCCAACAGCUUUAAAAGUACUAUCCAAGCUCAACUGAAGUAUAAUCUACAUCCUGACGAGGUUUCCUCUCAUAGCCUUUAACUCCAAGCCAAGAAAUGUUUAAUGAGACUCUUAUGUCCCUGAAAAUUCAGUCAACCUUUUUUCUUCCUUAUCCUAUCCACACAUCAACUUGAUUAGAAAAAUGAAUCUAGAAUUCAUUCUCGAAACUGGAAGUCUUAACCUCAUUUCUCUGAGCUUGCAUCAAGCCACCUUUUAUGCUUCCCCCUCAAACCUCCCCCCACCCCAUCUCAGUUCAUGAACAAAGUUUGCUUAGUCGCAGCUUACGUUUGAUUUGGACUUGACACCACAGUACCGUAUGUUCAUAUGAAAAUCUGAUAACCUGUGAAACAGAAAUCACAUCUCCCAGUUUGUAAAGCAUUAGCUACCUUCUCUCAUAUUUGCAGAGACUAAACAUAUUGCUUGCUUUAAAAGGACACAUUAAAAUCCUCAUCUGUCUCUCCAGAUAGAUUUGAAGCAAAGUAUGAGAGGGUCUACAUGUGCUAGCCCUCUUUUGUACACAAGUUGAAAAGCCACCAACCCCCAAAAGAAACAUGCACUUCAAGCUGUGAGCUAGGCCAGGCCAGUGUAUUUGAGGUUCUGCUACAGAAUGAGCACUUGUGUGUUAGUUAGUUAGUUCUCUGUUAAGAAGAGCAGUUUCAAGAGACUUUUCCAAUACAGAUUCUGUAUAGGGAUAACAACUUCCUACAAAUACGCAGGCAAAGGACUGACAGCAGGAUGCAAAGUGGAACAUUUGUGAGAGUAGCUGAAGGGAUGCAAAGCACAAAGAAGAAAUAAACUAUCAAAUAUUGUAUUAUUUAACACAGGGAGGAACUAUCUAAUCAUCUGUGCUCACGCAAACUUUCGAGUGUAGGCAUAUGUGGCCAGUGCCUGCACCGCAUGCACAACUACCAGCAGCUGCUACAGGAGGGCUGCAGUCUGGGCCGCUGGUUGCUAAAGCAUGAGCUAGCUUACAAAGGGGAAGAAAACACCUAAUGUUUUUGUGUUUUAAUGAGUUGUAGUGUGCUGUCAACAAAUUAUAUUUUGCAUUACAAGUUUAUUAUUUAGGAGUAAAUACUGUGUCAGAAAAACAUAGAUGCUAUUAACAUGCAUAUGUCUCUCACAUCAGAACACUGGUCCAAAAGGAAAAUCUAUCACUCAGUUCUUUCAGCAAAAUGUACUUGUGGUGUUCCUAACACUAACAGUUGAGGAGUCUAUAUAUGAUUGUUCUUAAAAAUGAAAGCUUUUAACAUUUCUAUAUUAACACAAGUCUUGCAGAAAAUUUAGUUGUAUUUAGUUAAAAAGCUAACUGCACUGAAGCAUUAAAAAAAACAUCAGUUUGACAGCUUACCUGACUUUUUCUGCAUUGCUUACAUACUUUGUUUGUUUAGGGAAAAAGAGAAUUAUUUCCUAUAGUGUAGUAUCUUAUGGGAUACAUUUAAAAAAAUGUGCAUAAAUUAGUUAAUGCUACAGAAUAUGCCCAGUAUGUACUGAAAUUCUAAAGAAAAGCUCAAUGCUCAGACUGCACCUAUACAUCAGUUUCAGUCUCUCCCACAGCUGAAUCCAAAUCUGUUGCUGCCUACUCUAAAAUACAGACCUCACUGGAAUCUCUUGCUUUGAGUAUAGGUAAGAUGAAGUAACACAACAAAUUAAAUGUUCAUUAGUAUUUUUUAAAAAAUUGUUUAUAAAUACAAAGAACAUUUAUCUCAGAAAUAUUACAAGACUACAAAAAAUAUAUGGGGCUAUAUUAAAAUUUUGCUGCUUUGAGACAUGCCGUAGCAACUACAAGUACUAGAGGCUGGCCCAGGGGUAUUUAUUGUACAAAUAGGAGGACUUAAGUUAUUUAACUGAGAAGGAGCUGUAAAAAGAAAAAAAAAACUAAACUAAACAAAACUGGAAGCUCAAGGUAAGUCAGUCUAUCAGCAGGUGUCAAAAAGAUAACAUACCCAUGCUUAAAAAAAUAAUGAUCAACUGAGGAUUUUUAGAAAUUUUGGAUUAGGUCUGUUCUUACUGAAGCAGAUGAGGAGCCUGGAACACCAGUGCUGUGACUCCGCUACCACCACACAGCCUGCAGCUUGUGCCAGUGCCAAUGGGACGCACAGGGAGCGCUGCCAUCCCUGCCAUCACCAGCUCUGCUGCAGCACUCGAAGCCCAGAACAGCGUUGGGAGAAAUACCAAAGAAUGCAGCAGGUCCUGGAUCCUUCUGAAAGCACCGGUACUGGAAAGCAGUGCAAGCAGGAACUCAACAUUUAGUGAUGAAAGCAAGAAAUAGAACUGCCAGAGCCACUGAAGAGAAGACAUGCGGCAUUGCUUACUUAAAGCCCCAUCCUGUCCCCCCAAGGACAAUAGCUGCUACCAGGAUGGCACCAGCGAUGGAGCCUAUUAUAAGAUUGGUGGCACUAGGACCUGUGAUAAAGGAUUACGGUAAGAAAGAUGUAAAAAAAAAAAAACAAAAAACAACCACUAUAUUCACAUAAAGUGAAGCAACUUACAGGGUAGUCAACAAGUCCAGGAACAUAGACAGCACACACAAGGUGAUGUCUGUAGACAAUUUCAGCAGGCCCAAUUUACUUUUAACAAGAGAAUGAAGAAAUCUGUUUGUCUCUGCACUGUGGGCUAUGUUAACUUCUACCAUAGAUAAAUAUCUAGUAGAGGGUAAAAUCCACUGUGACUUUUCCUGUUAUCUAGUUAAUUGAUUUUCAACUAAGAUAUUUUCAGCUGAGAUGUUUGUGAAGAAUUACUUAAAAGUAUAAAUGCUGUAUGUUUUAUGACUACAGCAAACGGGGCAAAAAAUAAUCACAACCCCCUAUUUAAUAUAGACUGUGAAAGGUGGUAGAUACUGUCAGCUCAAAUUAAAGCAUCUAGCACCAUUUGCUGAGGCUAAACUUUUCCUAGUUACGUCAAUGCUGAGUUUACAAACAAUUCUUGACAAAGGAAAGGAUUACAUAAUAAGGAACAGAAGUUGACAUAAAAGCUGCAUUCCCAUUAAGCUUUCCAAACAUCAAAGCAUCUCUUCAUCAUCCUCAAGAAGCUACUUAACAACAAAGUAGGGGAAGGGUGGAGCAGGAAAAAAAGAGCAACAAAAAACAGCAGCACAAAAUAUUUGUGCACUUUUCUGAGGGGGAAUAGAACACCUAAAUAAGAAAUUCAUAACUGAACCUUAAGUGUUCUGUUUUCACGGAGUGCAAGAAAACAGUACAAUUUUUACCAUUUUAAUUGCUCUGCACACACACACAAAAGCCUAUUGAGCAGUCUUUGAUGUAAAGCUAACUGCUUCUCAGCUCAAGGCAAAUCAAAACCAACACAGCAGUUAUUUUGCAAUAUAUUGCAUACUGUGUUUAAACAUUUAAAUAUUCAGGAGUAGUGUUCAGAAACAGUUCUUAGCUCCUCCUAUCCCAGUCUCUCAAAAUCAAAGUUUCAACACAGCAAUAAAAUGACACUGAGUUUUGAAUGUUAUACGACAGCUAACAUAAGGAAUAAAAAGGCGUAGCCAGAGAUCAGCAAAGGAAGGACAGCUGCACUAAUUCAGCAUUUUAAACCUUCUGCCAGGUCCCAGACACCACAAAAAUUUAGAGCUUGACCUAACAUCACUGUAUCCAUUCCAUGUUUGCUGUAUCAGUGGUUUGGGAUAUAUCAGUAGCUAAAUGAAAACUAAGCCCUCAGUUUAUGUUUGUAACACUAAUCAGAAUGAAACAAUUACUCUGCAAACAUGUUACGAAGUGAUGCUGAAAAUAAGUAUGAUUUAUUACUAUAAAUAAGUAGGCAUAAAAUUCAGGUAUAAUAAAAAAGUGCUUUCCCCUCAUCUUUCAUGGGUGGAAAAAAAAAUAAGCAACAAAAAACCACCCUAUAUUCUGCCAUGAACUUCAGUUAAUACUUUCCUUUCUGAGGCUAUACAUUUACUUCAAGAAGAAUGAUUAUUUGCUAAAAGGAAGCAUAGCAAAAUUAUAAGGCUUAAACAUUAUCCCAAACCCUUCCAAGCCCUUGUUUUAAAAACUGCUUCCUGCAAUUCAUACAAAAAGAAUAUUUAGGAAUAUUAAUAAAAAACUGUAAAAUAAAUAGAGUGAGCUUCACAGAUAUGAGCAAUAAACAGAUUUUACAACAGUAAUUAAGAGGUAAUUUUUUACAAUUUAGAAAAUACCUUGCAUAGACUUACCUUUGAAGUCUCACCUGGCUCUAAAUUAAUAGGAGUGAGUAUGGUGCAGCGUAAAUGAAUGCCAUUUGAUGGGCACUAUACUCCCAAUUAAGGCUUGCUUUCAACAUUUCACAACCUAAUGAGCUAUUGUAUCCAACUUGGAUGUAUGGCUUACUCUGGAUUUUAUCAAAUGAUUGCACACAACAGAAGACUGCAAACACAGAAACUAAUUGAUCUGUAAGAAACUCUAGAAACCUCGUUAAAUUCUAAAGCUGAUUUCUUUCCAGCCAUAUAAUGCUAUCUUUCCACAGAAAAAAUAUGCAGAUUAGAAUAUAAAUUAAAUUGGACAAAGAUGUAUUAAAUGGCCACUUCUUAACAUCUCUCCUCUUACUGUGUUCCCUGGUUGUUAAAUAUUUGAAAAAGACUGUGGAAAAAUUCAAUGAAAAUUCAAACAGAAGAGAGAUCCGAGACAGGUUAAGUUAAUGGACAAGUUACCAAACUGUGUUUAAAUAAUAAAUGAAUCCUAAGCAGCCAUUUUUCAUAGAAUGGUUAUGGUUACAAGAGACUUCUAAAGAUAUCAUCCACUCUUCCUGCUAUGGGCAGGGGCACCUCUCACUAAGCCAGGCUGCUUAAUGCUCAUCCAACCUGCUUUUGAACACUUCCAAUACUGAAGCAUCUAUAACUUCUCAAGGCAAUCUGUUCCACUGCCUGACCAGCCUCACUGUAAAAACGUAUUUCUUAUAUCUGAUCUAAAUCUACCUCCUUUCAGUUUUAAAACUCCUCCUUUCAGUCCCUCGUUGUGGUGCUACAGGCCUUGGUAAUCUUUUCCAUCUUUCUUGCAAGCCCUCUAUACGUACAUAAGAAUCAAAUAGCCACUGCUAAAAUUGAGUUAAUAGGCAAACACUUAAGAUUCCAGUUCCCCAAAAUUAUGAAGGUGGUAAAAAACUUUGUAUAUGAAUACAUAUAAGCAUUCUAUACUUCAGUAUUCUACUGUCUCACAGUAACAGAAUACUAGAAUCAGAAUAACUGGAAGCCUUACUGUAAAACUAUUUGUUUAUAUAUACUACUAUAUGUAUGAUAUACUAUACUACUAUAGAUACGAUCAGCUAAUAGUUAUAGUUAUUAGACUAAAAGCCACUAAGAACAUAAGUUUCUGUUUUUUGUUUUUUUUUUUUAAUCAAAUAGCCCAGGUCACCCUGAUUCUAUUUUGCAAAAUAAUUACAAACGUACUUUUUUUUCCCCAUUAUUUUCUGAAUUUGGUGUAAUGUAAACAUUCAGACAUUUAAUUUCAGUGUGACAAUUAAAAAUUCACAAGCUCUUUUUUUUUUUUAUGCCCCACAUUAUCCCAGACAGGAGAAGGUUCAACACUGCAUGAGCAAAUCAGACGACACAGACACAGUCAAAUCACAGACAAAUACGACCACCACAUGACAAAGCUAAAGGGGUAAUACACAGGGGGCUCAGGUGCAUACGGUUACCUCACACACUAGGCACCAAACAUAAAACUCAAACUAUGAAAAAUGCUUACUCUAUUCCCCACCCUGUGCCUCCAAAAAUCACCCCCAAGGCCAGAAUGGUCCCUGCCACUGCACCUAUUAGCCUGUUAGUGGCCAUGCUCACUGUGUGGAGGGAAAAGGGAAGAUUUUUUAAGAAAAUGAUCAUGUCAUAUACGUCUGAAAUGAAAACAUGAAAUAGUUCCUCAAAGGAAUAUUUUACUUUAUAAACUUUUGUCUGGUAAACAAUUCAAGCCUCUUAUCAAACUCUUAUUUACCAAAUACUGUAGCUUUAAAAAUUCAGAUAUAAGUUUUGUCUUAUUUGAAUGCCUGCAAUAUUUCAGUGUGAAGUUUUCCCAUAAAGGUAAGACUACUCCUUUUAGCUGUGACUGUAUUCUUCUUUAAACAUGGAACAUCUUCAACUUACUGCUUUAUCAAGUUUAAUACAGCCAAAACAUAAAUGAAUUACCAACAAGAAAACUUCCUUUUGGUCAUCAGAAACAUACUGUAUCCAUAGUAUAUAACUAAGCAAAUGAAAAUUGUUCAUUUGGAAACAGUUCUUUUGCGUGGGGGAAAAAAACACCAAAAAAUGAUUUAAAUUAAUUCCUUUACUAUUUUGCAGUAUUUUCCUUUUUAACUGUAUUUACCACUCUACAUUACAUAAAUAGAAAAACAUAUGAUGCCUUUUAAAAGGUAAAACUGACCCUGGAAUUGUGUUCUGCACUUCAGUAUGUUUACAGAGCCUUAAUAUGCUGAGGCUUUAUUUUUCAUUUUUGGAGGAAACUUUUUGAGAAAAAGAAAUCUACAUUUCAUAUGUUGCAAAAAAAAAAGUUAAAAUGUUGAUAGAUUCAUUGCAUCAUAAUUGAACAUAAAGAAGCAUAUGAAUUCUCUAAUGGGAACUUUUUCAGGGACAAAGACUAUAUAAUCUUCAUGCUGGAAGUCUCUUUUGAAAUUGCUUCUUAAUUUUGUUUGUUUCAUAUACACAAACACACACACACACACACACUUGAGACAUAGGUUUUUGUGUUAAAAACAAACAAACAGUAUUCCACUAGUCAAACAAAGUCCCAGUUCCGUAAAUGACAUUGCCAAGACCUUGCGUGUGUAUGGAGUCCCACCAACUUCAAAACCAUUAUCCAACACUGUAAAAGAAUUCAAAGUUUCUGCAGUAGCCAAACACUAACAGCAGGAGCUCCUUACCAAAACACCUACCAUCCUGAGCUGCUCUCCCAUGGGUCUGCUGGUCAGUAGGUUGCAGAGUUUAGACUAGUGUAAGACCUAUGUAUAAAUAUACUUAAGGACCACUAAUUUUUAAAUCCUCAAAUACAGUAUAGAGGCACAAGUAAUUGAUGGAUGAUACAAAAUUCUCAAAAGUGCAGCAAAAAACUAUCAUAAUAAUAUAUAAACAAAUACCAAUACUAUUUUCCUAUACGUAGUUAAAACAUAGUAAGAAAAAUGGUAGUAUCUAUGGUGUGAAAAGUUUUAAAGCAAUUUAUGUGAGUUUUUACAUCUUUGAAAAGCUAUAUAACCUCUCCCUAAAUAAUUACCUUCUCUUACGAUAAGUAGCUGAAACCAGAAGAAAUUAAAGCCCUCAACUCAAUAUCAGGGCUCCUGACUUAAGCAGAUCUUUUCCCAAAGCUUUUGACAAUGUGUAAAGAGGAUUCUAGUUUAUUUACAUUUUCCCCCCCUUGUCUAUCAAAGUGUAACACUUCCACCAGAGGUACUAAAUGUAGUGCAAAGAGCUCAUCAAGAAGUUAUUCUUGUAAGAAAGAGCUGGUGUUUCUACUUUUAUAUAGAAUUAGGUAGAUGGAAGUAAUCUGGAUUUAUUUGAAAUGAUGAUUUGUAAUAGAACUGUAGAAGCACUAGAAAACAUUUGCCAGGGUUCUUGUAAAAAAAUAUUGCUAUUACAAUACAAAAUAGCUUUCUACUUUUUUGCAGGUACUUCCUGGGAGAUUUCAGUCUGAAUCUGUCAAAUAUCUAAACUUCCUGACAGUCAAAACUCAAAACACCUGCAGCCGUAAGUGACAAAUUUGCUUAUUGUUAAAGAAGAAAAUAUAUCCAACACUUUCUAAUACAGAGGAAAACAAGUAUAUCCACAGUGUGAUACAUGAAAACUUUUUCUAUUUUCUUUACAUGUGGACGUGUUCUUUGAAGAACAAGAAAAACAUAAUUCACUGUUUUCCACUUAUGAGAAUAUAAUUGCUUAAAAUCUCUCAUGCAUUUACUGCAGUCAGUAACCAUGAUAAAAACUGUAAAAAUUAAAGGUCUGACACCAAUACACAGGUAUGGCUAUUACCUCUGUCUAUGCCUGAUUUCUUGCAUUUGCUCUAGUUUAGAAAGUCAGAUUAUAUUCAUACUAGAUAUCACUCUCUGAUGUUGGAUUUGGUUGAGAUGUCAUAAUGUUCUCACAACUGACUAUCUUCUAUUUUUGUAAUUUUGAGAAAAGGAGACUGGUUCUGUCUCUGAAAUAUAACAGAAAUUUAGGGCUAAGGAAAAGCAAGUAUUUUGGUUUUUGUCUCAGACUUGUACACUGGCAAUGACAGAAGCACUGAUAAAAUAAUGGAAAUAUUUUAGUACUUCGGAUUUUUUCAGAACUAUGGAAAACUAUUUCUGUAUUCUGUUGACAUUAUCUCUCAAUGGAAUCCUCUAUUAACACACCUAAAGAGUUUAUAGUAUCUGUCAGUAUUCAAGCUCCUAAAUUCAUAUGUAGGUGAUUCAACAUCAAUAAAUUACUAUAAGAACAAACAAAAAUAAUUCCUCUUUUGAAAUUCUUUGAAUCACCUUGUAACAAAAACAUUCUCCCUCUUUUCAGUGGAGUCCACUGAAAACUGGAGUAUAAACAACGUCUGUCCAUUUGAAAUUAUACCAAUUAGUUUCAAUCACCAGAAUCUAACCAAGAUAAAUAUACCUCCUCUGUUGCAUUUUCUUUUUCUUUUUUUUAAACAGGAUGAAAUAACUACUUAGGAUUUGGAAAUCAGCAACGCAGUACUUCAGAUUUUACAAGCAGUGUUUCAACAUUAGGAAAGUGGAAUGGAAAGAAUCUCCGUAAGACAGCGUACAAACCAGGCAGCUCUAUAAGGAACUGCAGCAGAGUUAGGUGUCCAGGAAGUACCUGCAAAUAUUCCCAAAGAGAAGUCCAGACUGUUCUAAGAUGGCCUCUUCCACAGUUCUUGGUAAAGGUCUACUGGAACCCACUGGACCAAAAGAUUAUGGCAGAGAUGACAGAAUUGGAGCAAUUCUGGAGGGACACACCAAAAUUCUGUCUCCUCAUCAUAAAAUCACAGAGUAUCCUCAGUUUGAAAGGAUCCAACAAAGGUCAUUGAGUCCAACUCCUCUGAAGCCCUGGACGUAUCAAAGAGUGAUCAACUGCACUAUCAACAGGUCUCAGGAACACUUGCAAGUAGAAAAUGCCACAGGGUACACAUUAAGAUCACAUCUAGCAGAGAGAACUGGAGAAGCUCAGCUGCAAAACUGCAAGCACAGACUCACCCCAUGACCGGAACAGACUUUUCCAUUCGAACCAAUGGGACAGCUACUUAUGUUCAAGGAUUGAAUUGGCAGGCACUUUUUGUCCAGACACAUCAUUUGAGGACCACAUGGAGCUCCAUCCUCCACAUAACCUAAAUCUGUAUCAUCAUCUAAAAGAACAUGAGCACCACUAGGAGAAAUAAGUUUUAAGGUAAUAUUAGUAUUAUGACUGCAGUCUUUUGAAAAUAUUAAACAUGUCAGUGUAGAUAGUAAAAUCCUUGUGAUUUUCUCACAUUAGAACAUAUAGGAAGAUCAAACAAAAUUAUAAUCUUUGUCCACAGCACUGACAGCGUUGCAGUAGUCAGACCAAAAAGAAGUCUAGACAACGAUGUAAAUACACAACUUUGUGGAAUAACAGAAGACUUAAGAAUCGUUGAUUACUCAGGUUCUAUCUACCUAACAGAGUACUCUCUGCAUGACAGUAAUUUUGACAAUAUCUUUAAAAUAUAAAUCCAGUAGUGUGCACAGUAAACUAAAACCCAUUUACCUGCCCUUUAAAUGAACCAUAACUUAAGAUCUUACCUGGUCAUAACUCUUCACAAUUCCCUUUCUCUCAACCAUCACUUUUCAUACAGUUAUUUCUCUACAGAUAUAAUCUUUAAUCUAUGGGUCUUUGGCAGUUACAGUUAUUUUUUUCCAGCAAAAUAUAAUGCUGAACAUUUACUCUCAACCACGCAAUUUUGCUACUAUAGAGUCCAGAUAGAAGGAUUGAGAGCACAGCCCACUUUUCACCUCUUCAAAAUAUGGA